CAACACGCCCAACCGGAAGCCUUUCUAAACGGACUAGAGUUUUCCUCGCCUUCCGCGAUUCUCCGGUCCAAACGACCCGAAACGAGAGAACCGAUACCUGGUAAACUUGAGCUGGCAGAGAAGAAAACCAGUACUCAGGUAUGCAGAGCAUGGCGAUGGAUAGUAACGUUAUUCCAGACCCUGCCUCAAUUUCUGGAGCGGAACGGCGGUAGUACUGAUAAGUGCGACCGAAGAGCGGAAGUUGUUAAACCAAACACUUGGAGUGGUCCGGACAGUUCAUUUGUUGUACUGUGCAGCGUGGAGAGAAGACACUCUCUUGGAGUUUGUCUCUUCAACUCAAAAGGCACUUCGGCAGACAGGUGCCAUGAGCAGUGAACUGAACGUGCCCAUGGGUUCCCCUGCCCCAGGGGUCUCAGAGCGGGCUCCAGAUAGCGGGGGGAUGGACUACAGGGACUGGGUGCGGCGCAGUUACCUGGAGCUGGUCAGCUCCAACCACCACUCGGUGCAGGCCCUGUCCUGGAGGAAACUCUACCUGAGCCGGGCCAAGCUGAAGGCCUCCAGCAGGACUUCUGCACUGCUCUCUGGCUUUGCAAUGGUUGCCAUGGUGGAGGUGCAGCUGGAGAUGCAGUACAGUUACCCUCGUGUGCUCCUCAUUGCCUUUAGUGUGUGCACCACCGUGCUGGUGGCGGUGCACCUCUUCGCUCUGCUGAUAAGCACUUGCAUCCUACCCAAUGUGGAGGCUGUCAGCAACAUCCACAACCUCAACUCCGUCAGCGAGUCGCCCCAUGAGCGCAUGCACCACUACAUCGAGCUGGCCUGGGGCUUCUCCACGGCCCUGGGCAUCUUGCUGUUUUUAGCAGAGGUGGUGCUCCUCUGUUGGAUCAAGUUUCUGCCCGUAGAUGCUGGCGGGGCCAAAAAGGCAACUACCUGCAUCCCCCCAACAGCCACCACUGUGACAAAGACCACAGCAGCCUCCCCGCAGAACAGCGGCUGGCAGGCUGCGCUGGCCUCCACCAUCAUCAUGGUCCCAGUGGGGGUGAUUUUUGUGGUGUUCACUAUACACUUCUAUCGCUCUCUGGUGCGCCACAAGACAGAGAGACACCACCAGGAGAUUGAGGAACUGCACAAGAUUAAAGUACAGCUGGAUGGCCAUGAGAGAGGCCUCCAGACUGUGUGAUACUAUGACGGCAGCUUUAAGAACUUCCCUUUGUAUGCCAUAUUUAUCAAGCCCUCUCACUUCUCUGACAUUUGGUCUGGUCAUUGUUUUUGCCUUGCUUGGACUCACUGGCAGUGAGCUAUUAAAGCUCCUCACUUUGCAGUACAAACGGACGAUACAUGUCAGACUGCUAAUUUAUUCUUAAGGUAAAUUUGCAUUGUAGGAUUUUUGUGCGGUGAGCUAGCCUGUGUAUUAGAUCUGUAAUAUGUGUUGGUCAAGGAUAAUGUGAAAAGGUUUACAGAAAAAGGGCUAUUAUGUUCUAUGUGCCAUUUUGUUUUUGCCAUGUUUGUGUUUUCAUGGUCAGGUUAGGUGGGGACAGUGGUUCCAUUUAGGAUCUGGUUCCAGAUUCACUCCGAUCCCAAUGAAUCUCUUGUUGAAUAUACUAUCUCUCCUUACUUCUUAUUUGCAAACAGCAAUUUUGAAGUUAAAUAGGUCACGGGCUUCUCAUUUUUGCUGUUACUGGCCUUCACUAUCGCCAGCAGAAAUGGCUGCCAGUAGCUCAGAGUAAUUAACAUUAAUGCCAUGAAUACCUUGCCACAAUGGCAAAAUUUAACAUUUGCUCUCUGCAAGCUGGUGUUUGUGUUUGGCCAAAGAUUAUUUGUAGGCGAAGAAGAACCACUCUUGAAUGACAUUCAAUAUGGAGUGGACUAUGGUAUAUUUUUUGGCAGUUUAACAAUACCAACAGAGUGGUGUGCCACUCAAGUAUCUCAUGAAGAAUAAGGAGUGCCAAAGUAUGUGUUACAAUUUCAAAUUUCAAUGUGUUAAGAUAAAUAUACAAUCAAUAUUUAGUAUUUAUUUCAUUUUCAAAGCUGCAAGUUAUGAAGAUUACUUAGACCACCACUAAAAACUGUUUCUGUCUUGUCAGUCUACAAAAGCUUAUUACAGAUUUGAUACAUUUUUAGGAAUAUAUUUGGUUACUUGUAAAUGUUAAAAAAUUAAAUGAAUUCAAUGAGGGAUUCAAAAAGAUUUGGAUUUCUUAGGUGUUAGGAUUCACAUUUCCCAUGAAACUGAGCUUGUUUGAAAUGUAAAAAGUUGAGUCAUGCAUUACACUGCAACCAGCUUGAUGUCUGCUUCACUCAGUGACUGACUGAGUGCAUUUCUACACCAUGUAUGUGCAGGUUUAUUGCAGCAUGGUGAGAAAUGAGUGCCAGGAGUGAUAAACUGUAAAGUCUUAAAAAGUGUUGCAUUCUUGUAAAAUAGCAGGGAGGUUGGUGUCACUGUUUUUAUGUCCAAAACCUCACACAAGCCUCAAAAGUUUUGUCAUUUAUUAUCCUUCAAAUAGCUUUCAUUGUCUUUUACCACAGAUCCUGUGUAAAAGGUGUCAAACCAGUCAACUCUGCAUACUGAUGCUGCUCAAAAGUGCUUAAAAAUGAAUGUGCUACUGUCCAAAUAUAGUUCUGCCUUACAGAAUUAUUGCCUUUUAUGAACUACUGUUUUGCUAAAGGUCACAACACAAGCAGAUCUUUUUCUGGAAAUGUAGUUGAGCAAAAGUCAGAAUGGUGAAGAGUAUGACAUGAGGAUGGAACAGUCAGAGAGCACAUGUUUUAAUCAGCCUGACCUUGUUGACCUUCAGUUUAUGUUUUAAAUAUUGCAGAUCUUUCAGAAAAUGCGGGUUAACUGAAAGAAUCAGGAGAUGGCAGUUUCUUGGACGAGGUCAUACUGACUAUGUUACUGUGUUUAAAAAAGCAAAAUGUACCAACCUAUUAUCACAUUCCAAAUAAGAUUACUGACCAAAGUGUUGCUCAGUUGUUUGUUUCUUGCCUCUCGGAAGAGACAAAAAGUGCACUUGUAGUUUAGUUGUACAGUGAGUGUCUUGCCGGGGUUCUUAUCUUGCUUUGUCUUGUGUUGGUGGAUUUGUGCUUCUUAAAUGAAUACUGCAGAGGUCACAGAGACAGGUGUUGGACGAUGAAAUUCACAGCCUGCAACAGACUUCAAAAAUUAAAUAAAAAAAUAUAUAUACAUAUAUAAAGUUUUCAUUGUCUCUUGUGUGUCUAUAACCACUCACAGCCUUUCAAAAGCAGAGUAUGUGUGUUUUUAGUGUUGUGCCAGAACAGAUACUUUGUUCUCAGCCUUUGCCAAAAAUAUGAUGGUCAUAGGAAGUAACGGUACUUAAGAAAAAUCAGAAAUCUAAUAUAGAAUACACUACAUAAAAUAUACAGCCCAGGCUGUAACUAUUUGGACAGUUACACAAUGUUUUGUUUGUCUUCAUCAUUGUGAGGAGGGUUACUUUUAAAAUGAUUAUAGAGUACAUGCCUUUACACAUAAUUUGAAAUGUAUUCUGUUAGAUCACUCAAGGUCAGUAAGGUAUUUUAAAUGCUUUGGGUUACUUCAAUAUUGUGUAUUGUGUUAUUAUUGCAUGUUACACUGUGACUCAAUGUGGCAAUUCACACAAUACUGCUACAAGGUGAUAUGGUGAUCAAGCUGUUAAAGAUCGCCCUGUCAAGAAACCAUAAGCAACUGGCAGCAUGCUGUGCAGCUGUUUUUGUAAAAACAGCAAAAAGCGAUUAUCUUCCUACUUUUACAGUAAAAUAUUGAUGAAAAGAC